AAACCCUAUUUCCAGAACAAGACUCUCUGCUCUGCCUCCUACGCACCUCCAUAGCCAAUCCUCGUUCCGAUCGAAAACCUCUGCCCGUGUACGAUUCUCACCACCGUAUUUGGUUACUGUUCCGUCGUUGAGUUUUCUUCGUUUUACGGGAGCAUGGUACUGUUGCCUAGUGAUUUGCAGUUAAUAUAUUACGUUAGAGACGCUCUUCUUGAAGUCACGGGUGGUAGAGAGAACUAUGAAGAGCUUGUUGGGUAUUUGCAACCAAAAAGGAAUCUUAAUUCUCAUGAAGCUGCUCAACUUGUGGCAAUUUUGAAAGCGCUUGCUGGAGUAGUGUCCUACAUAGACUCUGUCCAUCAUGGAGCUCUUAUUUUUGCUCUUGAGAGAAUGAGCUUGUGGAAUUUGGCUACGUAUAAGAAUUAUGAUGCGGCUGAUAUCAUGGAUGCUCUCAUGGAUUUCAUUGUAUCAUUGGCUGCUUCGAAGGGAAUGUAUAUUGAUUGGUGUUUGGAGAGGCUUGUGAGACAUUUUACGGCUCCUAAACAUGUCAUUGAUUUUCUGAAAAAUGAAAAUGGAGUUGAUAGGAAGAAUAAGGUUCUGUCUCGGGUUCAUGCUGCUCUGAAACAAAUAUAUGAUUUGGUGCCCCUUGCUCCCAUGCGGUUAACACCAAUAGUUGUUCAGAAUAUACCGAAACGCUACAACGUGACAGAGCAUGAGAUUGUCAUGUAUGUUGAAAAUAUGUUAAAGCUUGAGAGUGGUGCCAUUGGAGAAAUUGUCGGUAGUACAAUGCUACCUGCACUUGUGGAUAAGUUGAUAGAGUUGGAUGUGGAAAUUGGGUGGGAUGGCAAGAUGCACGAGGAUGCUAAAUGCAUAUUUGAAAUGGAGUUAUUCGAAGAUAUUCCUGAAUUUGCAGAUGAUGAUGAAAAAUAUUAUAGUAGUAUGUGUGCCUCAGAGCUGUUAAAUAGGAACAAUUUGCAAGGCAAUAAGGUUGUGGAGAAAAUAGAUAGUCUAAUUGUGCUGACUUUUUUGCAUCUUGAAUCCUGUCAAAGUAGUGGUCGAUUGACUGAGGUAUUUGAUAUAUUACUGGCGUCAUUUAAGAGAACUGUGCUGAAUACAUACAAGUCAAAAUUUACCCAGUUUGUGAUGUUCUAUGCAUGUGCAUUGGAUCCUGAGCGAUGUGGUGUGAAAUUUGCCAUGGUUCUCAGAGAUAUGUUUGAAUCAGAUCUUAACCCCCCUAUUACUAGGAUGAGUGCUGUUGCUUAUCUUGCUAGCUAUUUAUCUCGUGCUAAGUUUCUUUCAUCUGCGUUGGUUGCUGACAUCAUACAAAGUUUGGUAUAUUCGUGUUUUGCAUAUUGCAACAAGUUACAUGAUUCAGAUAUGAACCCGGAAGCUCACCAAGUGUUUUAUUCUGGGUGCCAGGCUAUCAUGUACAUUUUGUGCUUUCGCAUGAAAUCAUUGAUGGACGUACCUAGGCUUAAAAUGAAGCUUAUCAAAAUGCGUAUGUUGCAACUCUGGGAACAUAAAUUGAAUCCCUUGAAGGUGUGUUUGCCUAGUGUAGUAGAGGAAUUUCUUAUACAGGCAAAGGCUGCUCGGCUUUUCAUGUCAGCAGAGUUAUUUGUUUUUGAGGAUUUGCUCGAGUCUGAUCUUUCCAAGGCUUUUGGUGGGAUGGAUAGACUCGACAUGUUCUUCCCAUUUGAUCCAUGUCUGUUGAAGAAGAGUGAAAGCUACAUAAGACCACAUUUUGUCCGUUGGUCAAGAGUCAAAACUACAUAUGGCGAUGAGGAAGAUAGUGAUUCUGGAAGUGAAGCAUCAGACGACGAUUUUGUUGACAGAAAUGCAAAUGAUAUACUUGACAAGAGAAAAAGAAAUGCAAAUGAUAUGAUUGAUGAUGAUAUGGUAGGCAGUGUUGGAGCAGGUCUUGAUUUUGACCCCGACUUGAACAAAAUGUCCAUCACACCCAAAUCAUUCAAAUAUGGGUUUAAGUAACAGAUGCAGCGGGGUCACACGAAAACUGCCAGUCCGCCUUCUUUGUGAUGCGUGCAUAUUCAUAUUACCUAUUCGUUUAAAGCUUGUCGUUAAAGCCUGUCAAUUUUGCAAAGUUUUAGGCCAUUCUACUAACACGAUGGUGUCUUAGAAACUGAAACUGAGAACAUUCCUAUUGAUACAUUUGAAAUUUUUAUGCUUAGCAUUUAUUUAGUUUCUUUAGUCUUUUACUGAAUAUGGGCAUGCAACCAUAAAAGAUUUAUUCCACACUAUCUUGUAAUAUAAUAAAUUGUCAGUUUGAGUUUAAAAGGUGCGUAUAUAAUGGUUACUUUUAUAGCAAA